UCCCCGCUCCAGAUCCGCUCCAGGAUUUCCAGGGGUUUGGAAUGUCGUGUGUCAUACGUGUGUGUGUUCCCCUUUCCCUUUCGCUCAAACCCACAGUUAUUACACUUUGGUCAAGGUUUGGGUUUCUGUUACCUGGCGUGAAUCCAGCGGAGUAUAGGUCUGGUCGCAGCUCCGUGAAAUAACAUGGGGAUUUGAAUAGAGUCAUAAGGGACGGAAUUGGAUCGUGAAGCCUACAUCAGAAAGUAUUAGUCUUUUGUAGGUGGUGUCUGUCUAAAAAUGAAGCGCCCGAGGCUAUGGAGAGUGUUGUUUUUCAUGACGCUGUUGUACCAUCUUGGGAUGUCACGCAGAUACGGUUGUGUGUUUGAGAGGAGGCUGUGCUCCAGGGAGCAGUUCUGCUCUGACGACGGUCUCUUUGGGCAGUGCCGUACCUCUAAGCUGGACCAGGUGCAGUACCAGGUGUCAGUUCCUGUUCUGAAGAGGAUGCAGGAAGUCCUCAAACAGCUCACACUGCAGGGUUUGUCCUGGCAAGAUGACAUCACCCAGUACAUUGUUACCAAAGAGCUGAGCAGAGUUCCUCACACCCCGAGACCCUCCAAGACCUCUUCCUCGCAACCCAAGCAGAGCUCCUUCAAUCAGGGAGGAUACCCCAGCAGCUCCUCCAAUCAGGGAGGAUACCCCAGCAGCUCCUCCAAUCAGGGAGGAUACCCCAGCAGCUCCUCCAAUCAGGGAGGAUACCCCAGCAGCUCCUCCAAUCAGGGAGGAUACCCCAGCAGCUCCUCCAAUCAGGGAGGAUACCCCAGCAGCUCCUCUAAUCAGGGAGGAUACCCCAGCAGCUCCUCUAAUCAGGGAGGAUACCCCAGCAGCUCCUCCAAUCAGGGAGGAUACCCCAGCAGCUCCUCCAAUCAGGGAGGAUACCCCAGCAGCUCCUCCAAUCAGGGAGGAUACCCCAGUCUGGCUGACAGCCACCAGGACUACAUGAUAGUAGACCAUGCCCAGUUCCCCCUCCGCAUGCAGACCUCUCCCAUGGACCCCUAUACUUAUCAACAGCACAGAUACCAGGAAGAUGGAGAACGCUCCCUCCACCAGGGAGGAGGAGUCUACCCAGGGCCCCGCCCCUCCUCCUCCUCUAGAUCCCAACAGGCCAAACAGAGAGAGAGAGACCGUCAACUGCUGCAGGACGUCAUCUCCCUCUAUCUGUCCUCUUCCCCUGUACAGCCCUCGUUCCGCCACAGGGGGGCGGCAGCACUUCCGGCCUCGCCCUACUACGAGGACCUGGAACUGCCUCUGGACUAUGUGGAGGACUACAGUCUGACAGGACAGGAUACGGCCAGGCAACAGCAACAACAGAAGAAGAUACGGUUACAACUACAACAACAGAAGAAGAAGGUUCCUCAGGACUACAGUUCUCUGGCUGGGCUGGAUGAGUCUAUCCUACAGCGUAUGGUGGAGACCCUGGAGAUGUACGGUGUUGAUCCUAGAGACCUGACCCCCCAGCAGCUCUACAGACUGGCUGUGGUGCUGCAGAGGAUGAAGGCUGACGACCAGGAGAACGCAGAUCCGUUUACCAAUGAACCGAUCACACCGAAGGAGAAACAGCAGACGCUUAAAAACAGUGACACCGUGUCCAACAAGGGACAGAAUGCUCCCCUCCCUGUCCCCUCUCCUUCUUCUACCUCGGUAGCUGAUGUGGCCCCUACCCUGGCCCCUGCUGCCACUAGUCCCACCCUCAAAGCACCUAUAGGGGUCAGUGUGACGGCCAAGGACUCCUCUGUCUCUGUGGAGGAUGUGAAAGAGAAGGUGAAAAGCUCCAUUGUCCCAGCAGGGCCACCAGCUGCUGAGAGGGGAACAGCAGCUAGGGAGGAGUAUGGAUACAUCGUCACUAACCAGAGUCCUCUCAGUCUGUAUGAUGGGGUGAAACUACUAGAACUAUUGGCAGAGAGAAUUCACCUGACUACCAGCAGCUUCAUCAACAUCAGUGUUGUGGGUCCAGCCCUGACGUUCAGGAUCAGACAAAACCCUCAGAAUAUGAGUGCAGAGGACGUGGCUGAGAAGGCUGUGUCUGAGAAGACCUUUCUGGAGUCUGAGACAGGACUGAAGAUCCUGCAGACUGGUGUGGGAGAGAGGAGCGAGGGUCAUGGGCUGCCCCAUGCCACGCGGGUGAGGGAGGGCUCCAGUGGGCUGGUACUGACGCUGGUGUCCAUGGCGUGUGUGGGUGGCGUGGUGGUGGUAGCGUUGACCAUCGCCUGUCUCAGACACCACACCCAGCAGCCGGCCUCAGGGAAACUGGGCCUCGGACCAGAGGGAGGACCGGAGACACACUUUGACUACCAGGAGCUCUGCCGGCAGCACAUGGCAGCCAAGACUUCGCUCAGUCGUCAGGAGGCGGUGGGUGUGGGAGCGGGGGGUCGGAGGGGGACAGACACCUCCAGGGUGAGCAGUGUGUCGUCCCAGUUCAGUGACGGCCCACAACACAGCCCCUCCUCACACAGCAGUACGCCCUCCUGGAGCGAGGAGCCCGCACAGUCCAAGAUGGACAUCUCUACUGGUCACAUGAUACUGGCCUAUAUGGAGGAUCAUCUGAAGGAUAAGGACCGUCUGAUGAAGGAAUGGAACGCUCUAUGUUCCUACCAGGCUGAACCCAGUGCUGUCACCGUCGGGCAGAGUGAAUCCCAGCUGGAGAAGAACCGCUGCCCUGAGUCUCUUCCCUAUGACCACUCCCGUGUAAAACUGAAGGCGGAGAGCAACUCCACCAAGGAAGACUACAUUAACGCCAGCAUCAUAAUUGACCACGAUCCUCGACUGCCUGCUUACAUCGCCACCCAGGGACCACUGGCACACACCAUCGCUGACUUCUGGCAGAUGGUGUGGGAGAAUGGCUGCACAGUGAUAGUGAUGAUGACUGCCCUGGUUGAGGACGGAGAGACUCAGUGUGUUCGCUACUGGCCUGACGAGGGAUCAUCCCUCUACCACAUCUACGAGGUGAACUUGGUCUCUGAACACAUCUGGUGUAAGGACUUCCUGGUUCGUAGUUUCUACCUGAAGAACGUUCAGACCCAGGAGACUCGAACCCUGACACAGUUCCAUCUGCUCAGCUGGCCCGCCAACGGAAUCCCUACCUCCACACGCCCUCUGCUGGACUUCCGCAGGAAGGUGAAUAGGUGCUACAGAGGUAGAUCCUGCCCCAUCAUCGUCCACUGCAGUGACGGCACUGGCAGAACGGGAACCUACAUCCUUAUUGACAUGGUCAUCAAUCGCAUGGCUAAGGGUGCGAAAGAGAUUGAUAUUGCUGCGACAUUGGAACACAUUCGAGACCAGAGACCGAGUUUAGUUCACACCAAGGACCAGUUUGAGUUUGCCCUGACCGCCGUGGCAGAAGAGGUCAAUGCCAUCCUGAAAGCUCUGCCACAGUGAAACCUACGACAUCUACCACCUCUACCACCGGUGCCACAAACCAGGGAGGAACUACAUUUCCCAGAGUGCAUUACUAUUACUGAAGCCUGGUUUGUGUUGCCUCGCCAAUUCCUUUAGUCAUUGUCACACCAAUACAGCAUUAACAGAUCUGGAAUCAAGGUUCUGUUAUUAUGCUUUCAUAUCUAAAUGAAAUGUGGUUUCAAAGAAUCCUCUAGAUUAUUCCGAUCAGACAAGAAUACUUCAAAUGGACAGUAGGACUGUGACUUGAUACUGUACCUCUACUCCUUACUCACUAGUGAUACUACAAUUACCAUCUGUUGUCAUGGAGAUGUUGUAUUACCAUGUUCCCUCCUGAUCUGUUGUCAUGGAGAUGUUGUAUUAUCAUGCUCCCUCCUGAUCUGUUGUCAUGGAGAUGUUGUAUUAUCAUGUUCCCUCCUGAUCUGUUGUCAUGGAGAUGUUGUAUUAUCAUGUUCCCUCCUGAUCUGUUGUCAUGGAGAUGUUGUAUUACCAUGUUCCCUCCUGAUCUGCUGUCAUGGAGAUGUUAUUUUACCAUGCUCCCUCCUGAUCUGUUGUCAUGGAGAUGUAAAACCAGUCAUUGUACUCUAGUAGGGAGUCAUCCUUUUGGCAUAACAGCAUAUAAGGUCCAAGGCUCAUACACUUGUUUAAGCAAGAUGACAACAAAGCCUGACUAUGGCGAGGGUGAAGUGAGUGACAUACUAGUGUAUUAUAGGUUACACCAGUUUCUCUAAGGGGCUGGUUUAUACCUCUAACUUUAACUCUAAAACUAAUGAUUUAUUUCUAUCCAUUUUGUAAUGGAACUAUUACUGUACACUGACUACCUAAUCACUCACAUCUGAAUCAUAUCAAUUAGUGUCUUCGGUGUUACUGUAAAACCUCUGUGAUUUAUUGUAAAUAAUUCACCUGAUUUAUUUCUUAAAUGUGUAUUAAUGUAGCAAACAUAGAAAACAACUAUAAAAAAAAUAUUUUUAACUCGAUGUAUGUAAUUAAAUCUCUAUUGUGAUGUGGUGCAACAGCA